AUGGCUACUAAUGAUAGUACGCCAGUUUGUUCAGAUUGGACCUACCUGCAUCGGGCCUCCAACGUCCAAUAUCUGCCUAUAUUGGGAGUUGGCACUGUGGAGGUUCCCACCGAACGCUUAACAAAUCAGUUUAGUGUAUCUGACCACGGUUUUCUGCAUCUGAAGAAGGUCUUGCAUGUGCCUGAUUCCAUCUGCAACGUCAUUGGAGACACACUGGACCUUGAUGGUCAUCGUGUACAAAUUUAUCCUAGCGAAGAGGCAAAGGGGACGAUCAGUGACAGCGAUUGCAACAACAUGGCGUACUUUGAAUCUAAUGCGCCGUUCUACAGUGUCAAAUUCAGAAACCAGCCUGGCGGUCCGAAAACUGGGUCCGAGUGUACUUCGAAAGAACGGAAUUUCCCGGUCACAGACACCAAUCCACCGUACACAGAAUUCGAGAGAAGGUUCCUUGAAUGUUGCUGGGACAAUGAGAGCACUUUCCUUAGUAAACAUGAUCUCAAUAUCUACAAUGAUGAGGACUGCGAAAAGGGCAGAUUGAUACUGCGGGAACUCAUGCGUGAAAAGGGUAUUUAUGGAGAAAGUGCGAACGAAGAAGGGUCCGACUACGAUUAUGACGAGGACGAAUUUGAUGACCCUGCAGAGUUCACUAGUGAGCAACUUAAAUGGAUCCAGACCCACUAUAUCAGCAAUGGAGCGUUCAUGUUCUCGCAUGGGCUGAAUCUUAAUUGUUAUUUUGACCACGUUGAUGCAAAGGAAAUUGUAAAUGUAUAUUUAAGGAAAGAGAAGGAAUCACAUGUCGUAGACAGAUAG